AUGCAUCCUGAGCUGGAAAGGACCUCCAAUACUCUUGAUGUCAAAUCCCUGGGUCCAAACACCUUUGGACUCAUGAAACAAGUACGAAAAGCGUCAAAGGUUGUUUUAAAGGGAAUAGAAGCACUGGUUUCUGAUGAUGAUGAUGAUGAUGAUGAUGAUUAUGAUGAUGAUGAUGAUUAUGAUGAUGAUGAGGAUGUUCGUGUGUUUAAACCAUCGAAGGAGCCAGUCAAUGAGGAUGUGAUUUCUCCAACUGAGACAGAGAAAGAAAUCAACGUUAAUCAAGAUGAUCAAAGCCCAACUUUUUAUGAAGACUUCUUAGCUAAGGAGGAAACUUUUGCCUUAGGAUGCUCUUCUGCCCCACCUCCUCCAGAGCACGAUUCUACAUCUGUCAAGCUAGCCAAGCUACUUGCUUUUCAAGAUUCUAUUAUUCAGUUAAGAGGAAAGGGAAUAUCUAUUGGCUCAGGGCAAGGAGGUGAUGGAGACUCUCAACAAACCAUUUCUGAGCUCAAACAAGAGAUUGUAAUUUUGAAGAAAGAGUCCAUUGAGAAGGACUUGCUGAUUGGCAAUUUGGAUGUGAGAGUUUCUAAGCUUGAAAAAGAAAAUUCUUAA